AUGAAGUUUCCUUACAUUUACAUUCUUUCCACAACAAUCCUUCUCUUAUUUCUGUUUCCUUACUCAGUCAUCUGUCAACAAUUAUACAUAAACAACACUGUCACUGAAUGCGAAGACCCUUUAGCACCAAAUGGAUACCUAUGCAAUACCCCUCAAAGGUCAUCAUGCAAUUCAUUCUUAGUUUUCAGAUCCAAACCUCCUUAUGACAAUCCUAUAAGUAUUGCCUAUCUUCUUGGAUCUGAAGCAUCAACCAUAGCUUCAAUCAACAAUAUCUCAAAAGAUACCAAACUUCCUUCCAAUAAAACAAUCAUUGUCCCUAUCUUGUGUUCAUGUUCUGGAAAUAUCUAUCAACAUAACACCCCUUACACUGUCAAAGAAAAUGAUACCUACUUUCAAUUGGUAUAUGCAACUUACCAAAGCCUCACAACAUGUCAGGCUUUAAAGGGUCAGAAUUACUAUACUUCUUUAAGCAUUAAAAUUGGUGAUGAGCUCACAAUUCCAAUACUUUGUGCUUGUCCUACAACAAAACAGAUGGCGAAAGGAAUCACCUCCUUGCUGGUUUACACAGUUAACUAUGGUGAAACUGUUGAAUCUAUAGCAGAGGCUUAUGGUGUUGAUGAACAAAGUAUACUAGAAGCAAAUGAGUUACAAGUGGCACCCAAUGAAAACAGAAGGGUGAACCUCUUUGCCUUGACACCUACAUUGGUUCCUCUUAGAGGCAAGAGUUGCAAAGAGGAUCCUGAUAGUUGUUAG